AGCUGGUCCUUGGAAAAAAAAAAAUUAAAGGGACAUAAAGCGACUUUGAACUCUUUUGAUUCCUCUCCUCUUUUCUUUGCUUUUUCUUUUCUUUCUUACGUUUUCCGCCUUGUUCUCGCCACUCUUCCAAUCCAUUCAUUUUCCAUAUUCGGUAAAAGCGAUAAAUCGACCAUGGGUUGCUGUCAAUCGAAUGAAGUCCACGAUGGAAAAGCUCGCAAUGAGGAGAUUGAAAAUCAGCUUAAACGUGAUAAACUCAAUAUGCGCAACGAAGUCAAGAUGUUGCUGCUAGGUGCGGGAGAAUCAGGCAAAUCCACGAUUUUGAAGCAAAUGAAAUUGAUUCAUGACGGCGGUUAUUCACGGGACGAAAGAGAAGCGUUCAAAGAAAUCAUCUUUUCCAACACCAUUCAAUCCAUGCGUGUGAUUUUGGAAGCCAUGGAUGUCAUGGGCAUAGCGCUCAGUCAGUCGCAUUUGGCUCAGCAUGCUACAGUGAUUCUUGAUCUUCCUACUCAAAUUGAACGAGAUUACCUUCCAAAUGAAGUCACUCAAGCCAUCAAAGCCUUAUGGAAAGAUCCCAAUUUGUUAACCGUCUUUGACCGAAGCCGCGAGUACCAAUUAAACGAUUCAGCUAAAUAUUAUUUCGAUUCUAUGGAUCGUAUCGGCGAUACCGCUUACGUACCUACCGACCAAGAUGUUUUGCGCUCACGUGUCAAGACAACGGGUAUAACAGAAACCACAUUUGUCAUUGGUGACCUAACCUACCGCAUGUUUGAUGUCGGUGGUCAACGGUCCGAACGUAAAAAGUGGAUUCACUGUUUCGAGAAUGUGACGGCCAUCAUCUUUUUGGUCGCUAUCUCAGAAUACGAUCAGGUUCUCAUCGAAGACGAGACUGUGAACCGAAUGCAAGAAGCACUGACGCUAUUUGAUUCCAUCUGCAAUUCUCGAUGGUUUGUCAAGACGUCAAUCAUUUUGUUCUUGAACAAAAUUGACAUCUUUAAAGAAAAAUUGCUCAAACAUCCACUUAAAGACAGUUUUUCCGAUUUCAAUGGACCUGAGAACUACGAUGCGGCGAGCGAUUAUAUACUGAACCGAUUCGUUUCAUUAAACCAAUCGGAUUCGAAACAAAUCUAUACCCACUUUACCUGUGCAACCGAUACGCAACAAAUUAAGUUUGUCAUGGCAGCUGUCAACGAUAUUAUUAUUCAGAACAACCUGCGCGAUGUAGGUCUGCUGUAAAACACCCCUUAUUUAUUCUUUUUUUUUUUACCCUUUCUUCCUGGCUUCUCCUUUUGGUGGGUGCUUCUUGUCCUAGAAAGCUUAGAAUUAUCCCAAUGUCAAAGGGUUCCAUUUUUUUUCAAAACAAGUUCUUCGCAUCUUAUUGUAGUCUUUUUCCUUCUUUUUCCCUUCUCUACACCCAUUUUUUGAUCAUAUACAUAAACCUUAUUCUUUUUUUAAGAAAUAAUCUUUCAAAUGAU